AUGAACAAGAGUGAAACCGAGCUGCCAGAACAGCUUUUCCUGGACUUCGCUGUGCAAGACGUGGUCCAAAAGGAUACCCGAGGAUGGCCGAUCAUUGAGCCCUGGGCGAACAAUUACGUGAACGCUAUACGGGAACGUAGAUUAGGCAAUGCUGUGUGGGCACGCUACCAUAUGGGUGGCAAUGUACGUGAUGGAAUAAUUGGAGACACAAACAAGACUGUGCUCGAGAUGAUCGAAGAGGAUGCACUGGGGUACAGGGUAGGGCACCCAGAACUCUACGCAGAAGCAUUGUCAUCUGUCUACGAGCGUACUAGUGCCUCGGAUGGUCAUCGUGAUGUGGUCGAGCUGCUUAUUCGGAUUGGCAAUCAGGACGUUCGGGAGCUACGGGCUCAAGCCCAGGCCGAACAUCGUGCUGAUCUUUUGGCUGAUGAUUUGACAUUCUAG